UUGGUUAGGGCGGAUGUUUGCGGCGGGAAGUCUGGCGCGGCGUUUACCCGGGUAGGAGGGCGGCUUGAGAAGGGCUGUCUGUUGCUGUAAACAGAGUGGAGGUCUCAUUUUGAGAGAAGAAACAGAAGUGAGAGUAGGCAAGGUCGAGGUAAAAGCAGAAAAUAAAAUAUUAAAUACAAACGGAAAGUAUGAAAAGUUGAUGGUUAGGAAAAGAGAUGGUAGCUAAAAAUCCUCAGCCAGAGCGUUCGACUUUAUGGAAGGCUGACACUGUGUUAAGCAGUCUGGAUCCCCAUGUAUGCUGCCAUGGUACAACUUUGGAAUCGGGAUCACCAUACAGUAUUCAUGAGGAGAUGGCUAAUCCAAGACCUUCCUUUGGUCUCUACAAACAACAGAUAAACUUGAAAAAUGAAGAGAUGGACACCCAGCUGUUCCCUUCAGCCACACUGAGUGGCAUUAACAAUUCAUCAUCUUCCCGAGACCCAGCGCCGCUCUGCAACAGCUGGUCUGUGUUUGCUGAUGACGUAAACCCAUCAGUUUCCUUACAAGACAGCAGUGGACACAGGGCCCAGGUUAAUCUCUCCUACUCUGGGAACGGCCCAGAUUUGUUUGGACUGGUCUCCAGUAUCUUGGAAGAUCCAAAUGGUUCAGAACACCUUUCAGACUGGAACUCCUCCUCAAAGUUGUUUCCGUCAUGGCCUGUUGAGACAAGUGACUAUCUGGGCCAUCCAGCUAAGGCCAUGUUAGAUUGUAAUGGAUCUUCAGACGUGGCCGGUGCAAAUGACUUUUAUCAAGAAACCUUUCAGACGACCCCAGAAAAUCAAAUGGAGACACUGUAUCAAGGGUUCCAGGGGCUCAACCUUGUGGAGUCGUGGCUUUCCACAGUCAAAAAGGACACCGACAUUUCCAGCCUCCAGUCACUCCAUUUCACCAAGAGGUCCUCCCCAGAGGAUCCCAUCUACAAGAGCAAUUCAUUUGUACAUUGGAAUGACUUUGGCUGCCAUGAGAACAAGUUUGAUCCGUGUGUGCGAGACUCUAAUAAAGGAAGCUAUAAGAAAGGUCUUCCUGACUUCAGCACAUACGCUUUUCAUAACAGCAGCAACAGCAAUAACACCAGAGUGCAGAGGGAGUGGAACAUGGAUAAAUGCAGAGACAAGCAUGGCCCAACAGAGCAGGCAGGCUUCCCCAAAGAUCAUGGCUGUACACCGGCUGGGGGCAGCUGGGGAAAGAUGUCCCAGCGGAAACAACAUCCACAGUAUUUUAAGGGGUAUGAGGACUGCAGGGUUCACCAGCCACAGAAGAAAUCGUUUCACCAGUCACCAAAUGACUUUGGACAGAAGCAUCCCAAGGUGUAUGGGAGCAUGAACUGGAAGACAGAUGCCGACUUGACACUGAACUUGCAUGAUGGCUACCCUUUGAAUAGAAUAUCUUGUGAUCAGGUCCAUUUGAACCCGAUAGAUGGUCAUUCUUUCCCUACUGAUUUCACCCAAUCUGUGACCACCAUGCUCCAAAAUGGGGAUUAUCUGCAUUUGGCAAAGAGCUGCCACGUGUGGUCCGAGGGGGACCUUCUGAGCCCUAACGGUAAGUCCAACUCACGAUACCGAAAGCAUAACAGUACAGCAAAUAGCCCGCAGGCUUCAUCAUCUGGAACUUCUAACUUGUCAAACGAAAACUCUCCCACCCAGCUCUCUCUAGGCUCCAUUCCCCAGCCCCCCUACUACUCCCCAACCUCCCCAGUACCUUCAAGCAGCCGCCAAGAUAGGAGACCUAAGAUUAGAGAUGUCGGUCCUGGUAGUUGGCAUGGAAAUUCCAGUCCUGAAAACCUGGGGUUGAACAAUUGCAGCAGCCACUCCAAACUAGACCAGUCUGCAGCCAAAGAGAACCAGUGCAACAACCAGUCUGACAGCUUUCCUUCAAGCUGGGCACCUCGAUCUCUGAAUUCCCCAUGCAGUGAGCCAGACAGGUUUUUCCGAUACCGCAACAAGCCAGGUCAGGAGACUCGGGAUGACCGGAGUAGUGGGAGGAAGAACUGGUUCCCUCAACCCCACAGAUACGGAGGCCCCAACCGCAACCAGUACAACAAUUACCGCAGAAAGCAGGACCAAGAUGGCAGCAACGUGUCUGACUUUGUGAACUCACAGGUUGUCCCGCCUCUCCCAUUCAUGAUGCCAGACUUCAAGCAGAAUCCCAACUUUUCCCAGUUCACUCCCCACACUGGCAACUUUCCUGCACCAGCAUCUGGAUUCCCCUUCCCUGACCUCAUGGAUCUACUUCACUAUGAAGACUUUAGCCACCUGGGCCCUUUUGUCAAUGAUAUGUUCUAUGGAGACGUGCCCCCACCUUCCUUUGGUUUUCCGACACCCUUUAACAAGAUCCGACCCAUGAGGAACCGCAGUGGCCCCGCUAACGAGCUCCAUACGCAGCUGGAGAUGUGCUAUGAGCAGUGGAGAGCCUUGGAAAAGGAGAGGAAAAAGACUGAAGCUGAUCUUGCAAGAAACUUUCCAGGAAAGAGAGUAUCCAGCUCAAACAACACACCGAUCCCUCGCCUUCCAGCUAACCCUUCCAGGGUUGACCGCUUGCUUGUGGACCAGUUACGUGAGCAGGCAAGAGUUGUGACCUUAAUUGGGAAAAUGGAAAGCCUGCGUAGCGCCCCUGUCCAUGCUAAUAUAUCCACCACCCUUGAUCGCCAUUUGGAAGCCAUCCACAUUACCCAAGCAAGACGCAAAGAUGAAAUUGUGAAUGCUGCUAAUCGCCAGAGACAGGGGGCACCAAGAUACAAUGAUGACAAAGAUGUUCUUGCCCUGGCAGCUGCCAUUAAAGAUCAGGCUAUUUUCACCCGCAAAGCCCGCACUGCUUUGUGGUGCGCCCUCCAGAUGACCUUGCCAAAAAACAGCGCUGGGGCCACAGCCCAGCCGGCAGAACUCGAGAAGGCACUACAGGAGCUGUGCAGUCCUGGGCAGGGAGAGACCAAGGGUCCUCUGAGAGCCACCGAGUUCCCAGGCCCAGAGAGGAAAGGGGCUGAACCAAUACAGGAUCAGCAAGUAGAGCAAAAAGAGGAGAGGCCUUGGGCCAACAAGAACAAGGGAGAGGAAGAGAGCGGAGAGUAAAGACAUUGAGGGUUGAAAAGUUGAGAGUGGCACACUAUGGAAAAUCUCUUGCCAUUGGAGCAAAAUCAAUUAAGCUUACUGACUAAUCCUGUACACCAUACCCACCCAGUGAUAAAAGAAAAACAUUUUUAGAUUAACUACAUUUAAUGUCAGCUCAGCUGCAUUAGUUUUCUACAAAAUUCUUAAAGCUGUUACUUGUGUAAAUGGUUUGUAUGGCUGGCUGUUUUUAAAUAUUUUUUUUUUUCAUUUCUUUUUUUUUUUUUUUUUUUUUGUGGGAACAAAAUAUUGAAGAAAAUUCAAAGUUGUUGGUGUGUUACACAACAGUUUUUUUAGGCAGUCAGUUGUUUGUUGCUGUCCAGCAGCUCAUUUCUGAAACUGAAUGCACCCCUUUUGUAAUUUGACUUCAGUUUAAAUGGUGGAACAAAAGGUCUUAAAACAAAUAACCACAUUUCAAAUUCUUUCAGUCAGUAGCAUGCAAUUAAUCAGGAUUUAAUCUUUUGUAAAGUGCCAAAAAACAAGCUGUUGCAGUAUCUGAAUGAAACUGUGGGUCAUUUUUCAACAGAUUGAUAUUAUUAUUAUUUUUUUUUUUUUCAGUACAUGCACUUUAUUUUAAUUUGCUUAUGUAACUGCUGAGCAGCAGAAUGUCUACCAUUAGUUUCCAUACUGCCCACUUCAGAACAGAGAUUUUCCAUAGUUUAGAAUCAACAACACAUGUAAUGCGGUAUUUCUUUACACAAACUAGCUGAAAGGAAUUCAACUGUAGCAGGUAUUGUAACUGAUGUACAUGUGGUAUUGGUUAAAAUGAUGAAAGUUGACUCAGGAUUAGUACUUAGACCUACUAACACCUUUUUAAUGGGUAAAACAUUGAUAUUUGACAUAGUAUGCACUUAAAUCAAUAUUUUAAAACUUAUGUUAUUUUC